UUUAAACUUACCCACGCAAAGAGAGAGAGAGAGGGAGGGAGGAAGGGGGACGCCGGCUGACGGCGCGGAGCGAUGGGAAGCUACAAGUACUGCAUUUGCUUCACGCGCAAGUUCGUGUGGAGAGCGGCGGCGCCACCGCCCGACGUGAGGCAAACGUUCGUAGAAUACUCCGAGGGGGCCGCCCAGAUGGGCCCCGACCAGCUACGGCGGUUCCUCGCCGAGGCGCAGGGCCAAGCGGACGCCACACUCGCUGAUGCCGAGCGGAUCAACGAGGUGCUCCUCCACCGCCGCCGCCGCUGCCACCACUUCCCCGCCAUCCUCUCCCGCCCCGGAAUAUCCCUCGACGACUUCUUCCACUUCCUCUUCUCCGACGACCUCAACCCGCCAAUCGGAUCCCAGGUUCAUCAAGACAUGAGUCUUCCACUCUCCCAUUACUACAUAUACACAGGCCAUAACUCAUACUUGACUGGAAACCAACUCAGCAGUGAUAGCAGCGAUAUUCCCAUUAUAAAAGCAUUGCAGAGAGGUGUAAGAGUUAUUGAAUUAGACAUGUGGCCAAACUCUACCAAAGAUGAUGUUCUAAUCUAUCAUGGAAGGACAUUAACUUCUCCGGUGGAGAUGAUCAAAUGUUUGAGGUCCAUUAAGGAGUUCGCCUUCUGUGCAUCUUCAUAUCCUGUUGUCAUCACUCUAGAGGACCACCUUACUCCAGAUCUCCAAGCAAAAGUUGCUGAGAUGGUUACUCAAACAUUUGGAGACAUGUUAUAUUACCCCAAGUCAGAUUCUCUCGAGGAAUUCCCCUCUCCAGAAUCUCUAAAGAACAGGAUCAUUAUUUCCACAAAACCACCAAAAAAAUACUUUGAAUCAAAGACGGUUGAGGACAAGCAGGAUGAUCUUCAACAGGGUUCAAAUGAUGAAGCAUGGGAAACCAACACUGCAGAUCUACAAGCUCUACAUGUCUCUCAUGACAAGAAUUCAGGUCCUGAGUAUCGGCGCAUAAUUACUGUUCAUGCUGGAAAACCUAAAGGUCGAACAAGAGAUGCACUGAAGGCUGAUACUGACAAAGUAAGGCGACUCAGUUUGAGCGAGCAACAGAUUGAAAGGGCAGCAGAAUUGUAUGCACUUGAUCUUGUAAGAUUCACUCAGAAGAAUAUUGUAAGAGUAUACCCCAAGGGUACACGCUUUAACUCUUCUAACUAUUGCCCCUUGCCUGGAUGGCUGCACGGUGCACAGAUGGUUGCACUCAAUAUGCAGUCCCUCUGGCAGGGGUAUGGAAGGUCACUUUGGUUAAUGCAAGGAUUAUUUAGGGCCAAUGGGGGUUGUGGUUACGUAAGAAAACCUGAUUUCUUGAUGAACAUUGGUCCACAAGCUGCAGUUUCCAAUCCUGAAGCAAGCUUACCUGUGAAGAUAACCUUGAAGGUUAAGAUAUACAUGGGAGAUGGCUGGCACAAGGAUUUUAGUCGAACACAUUUUGAUGUCUAUUCUCCUCCAGAUUUCUAUGCAAAGGUAGAGAUUGCUGGAGUUCCUGCAGAUAUCAAAACGAAGAGAACAAGGACAAGACAAGAUGACUGGAUGCCAGUUUGGGGAGAGGAAUUCAGCUUCCCCCUAACCGUUCCAGAGUUGGCUUUGCUCAGGAUUGAAGCCUGCGAGUACAACAUGUCUGAUAUGGAUGACUUUGGUGGACAAACAUGCCUUCCGGUCUGGGAGUUAAAACCAGGAAUCCGAGCUGUGCCACUUCAUGAUCGCAAGGGGAACAAGUACAACUCUGUGAGGCUGCUAAUGCGAUUUCAGUUUGUAUGAACCUCAUUUAUCGGAAGUUUUGGUAUGCAGAUUGAGUUUUAUGUACACUCGCAACCUCUUAUUUGUCUAAAACUAUAUCUCGUUAUGGUUGUAGUAUCAAUCUCGUUUUAUGUAGACAACAAAGAAAAUUUAUUUUGGGAAUGGAUGCAAUUAACAAAGGUGUUUCCCCCUUUUUA